AUGUCGUUCCGCAGCAUAGCUCGGGAUAUACGAGAUAGUUUUGGGAGCUUAUCCCGGCGUAGUUUUGAUGUAAGGCUGCCUGGUCAUCAUAGGGGAAAAUCUCAUGGAUCAUUUCAUGAUUUAAAUAACAAACCUGUGGUAAUUCAGAAUAGUCAUUGGGCUAAUCUCCCACCGGAGCUACUUUACGAUGUGAUUAAAAGGUUAGAAGAGAGUGAGAGCACAUGGCCUGCUAGGAAGCAUGUGGUUGCUUGUGCGGCUGUUUGCAGGUCAUGGAGGAGCAUGUGCAAGGAAAUUGUCAUGGGUCCAGAAAUCUGUGGGAGGCUUACUUUUCCAGUUUCUUUAAAAGAGCCUGGGCCUCGUGAUGGAACCAUCCAAUGCUUCAUCAAGAGGGACAAAUAUAAUUUGACGUACCAUCUUUUCUUGUGUCUGAGUCCUGCUUUGCUAGUAGAAAAUGGAAAAUUUCUUCUCUCUGCAAAAAGAAUUCGACGAGCUACUUGUACAGAAUAUGUUAUCUCAAUGGGUGCAGAUAAUAUUUCUAGAUCAAGCAGCACAUAUAUUGGAAAACUAAGAUCAAAUUUUCUCGGCACGAAAUUUUUAGUGUAUGAUACACAGCCUCAUACUUGUUCACAUGUCCCUCCACCUGGGAAAACUAGUCGUAGAUUCAACUCCAAGAAAGUGUCUCCCAGAGUACCUACUGGUACCUACACCAUAGCCCAAAUCACGUACGAACUAAACGUGCUUGGGACACGGGGACCUCGUAGGAUGAACUGCAUCAUGCACUCAAUACCCGCCUCAGCACUUGAUCCCGGAGGCGUGGUCCCCGCACAACCUGAACUCAUGCCGAGGUCCCUUGAGGACUCGUUUCGGAGCAUUUCUUUCUUGAAAUCUUUUGAGCACUCGACUGAGUUCAGUAGCUCACGGUUUUCUGAUAUUGCUGGCGUGUGCAAUGAGGAGGACGAAGGUAAAGGAAAACCCUUGAUUCUCAAGAACAAGGCACCAAGAUGGCACGAACAAUUACAAUGCUGGUGCCUCAAUUUCAGAGGACGGGUGACAGUUGCAUCGGUCAAGAACUUUCAGUUGAUCGCCUCCACACAACCACCGGCUGCUGCCACUAAUGCACCGGCUUCUCAGCCAACCCAAUCUGACCACGACAAAAUCAUCCUCCAAUUUGGCAAGGCGGGCUUCAGAUCCUUCGCUGGGUUCCAUUCUGUUUCCUCUUUCCUCCCUCAAAUCUUCCAACUUUUCCCUUUAAUAUAUUUACAUAAAAUAGACAACUUUACUCAUCAAGAUUUUAAUCUGGGAAUUCAGUUGAGAAAGAAAGUGGUGCUUAUAAAUUUAUAG